AUGAACAACGGGGCUCGACGCUCGUGCUGAGCUGCGGCGGGUCUUUUGGCUGCGCGAGCUCUCUGCGUUUCCGUUCGGCCCCUCCCUCUCUCCCUCCGUGUCUCCGCGCGCGCCUCCCUGCUCGAGUGUCGGGGAACCGCGGCGGCCUGCAGGGUGGAAAAAAUCUACAGACUACAACAAAGACGGAGGCCGCGGUCUGUUCUCAAAUAAACGACUCAGAGUAAAUGAACGGAGGAGGUUCUCCUGCACGAGUGUGUGUGUUCUGCAUGGAUAGCAGUGUGUUAUUGGAGUGUCUGUGUGCUGAAGAACGACAGGACUCUGAUUGGCUUAUCUCGGUGUAGUUUGGAGGCGGGGCCAAUGAGGAUUAAAGACGAUGGAUGAGACUGUGACGAGACUCGCUCUCCGUUCCCAAGAGCCGAAAAUCAUCCUGCAUGGCUCCGAUGAUGGAGGGAUGUGUGGGGAGGAGUACGUGGUAGAGCUGCAGGAAACGGUCCUGCUGUCGGACGGAGAGAACGAUGGAGAGAACGACGCUGUGGCAGUGCGGAGUUUCUCCUCCGACGAGCUCGUCAUCCAGGACGCCGUGGAGGAUGUGGUCGCUGAGGACGAUGAGGGAGUUGCCGUGGAGACGUGCGUGAUGUCACUGGAGGGUGAGGAGGAUGAAGAGGAUGGAGUGACUGUGGCGGAAGAAGAGCUGGUGGAGGAGAGGGAGAAUGAACUGCACUCAUCUGGAGAUUACCUCAUGAUCUCACUGGAUGAAGACGGGAAAAUGGUGUCUGCUGAUGGAGAGGAAGUGACAGUGGAAGGAACAUUAGAUGACCAGGAAGUGGAGAAAGAUGAGGAUGGACAGGAAGUCAUCAAAGUUUACAUCUUUAAAGCUGACUCUGGGGACGAUGAGCUUGGUGAAGGGGACACAGACUCCGUGUGUAAGCCCCUGAGGGAGAAGAUGCUCUACAUGUCAGUGAGUGAUGGCCAUCACACUCACACUGAUGGAGGCUCUAAGCUCUCUGAUGAGGUUUAUAUGGAGGUGGUGGUGGGGGGAGAGGAGCCGGUGUGUAAUGAUCGACCGUACGAAAGCAAAGACUUCAUGCCUGUGAACUGGACGACUGCCUAUGAUGACUCGGAAUGCUGUGAGAACAGGAACGGUGCAGCGAGUGCGGUUCUGCACAUUGAUGAGUCUGAGACGCCGCACACUCUCAAACAACAACAUGGCAAAUCACACAGACGGGCCGAGCACAGGCAGGUGCAGACAGCAAUUAUUAUCGGGCCGUACGGUCAGCCCCUCACGGUCUACCCCUGUGUUCUGUGUGGGAAGAAGUUUAAAUCUCGCGGCUUCCUGAAGCGUCACACUCGGAACCACCACCAGGACGUCCUGACCCGUAAGAAGUACCAGUGCACCGACUGCGACUUCACCACCAACAAGAAGUCCAGCUUCCACAGUCACAUGGAGGAACACACACAACACACACACACACUCAGCACCAAGGCUCAGUUUGAGUCUGAAACUCUGAAAGAUUUCCACCAGCAGGUGCCGCUCUUCUCCAACCGCCUUCACCCUCAGCAGAAAACAAAGAUGGCCGCCGUUCCUGCAAAGAAGUCACACAAGUGCAAGUUCUGUGAGUACGAGACGGCGGAGCAGGGCCUGUUAAACCGCCACCUGCUGGCAGUGCACAGUAAAAACUUCCCCCACGUGUGUGUGGAGUGCGGAAAGGGCUUCAGGCACCCAUCCGAGUUACGUAAGCACACGCGCACGCACACGGGCGAGAAGCCAUACUCCUGCACGCACUGCAGCUACAAAUCUGCCGACUCGUCCAACCUGAAGACGCACGUGAAGACCAAACACAGCCGCGAGGACGAGGAUGAGGAGACGGCGGCGGUUUUGGUGCCGCAUGUGGAGCAGCUCGUGGAGACCGUCAUGGAGACAUCGCAGGACCGCGACCCCGAGCACCAUCAUGACAACGAUGACGACGACAACGAUGAGGCUCGAGGUCAUCGGUGUGACUUGUGUGAUCAUCGCAGCUCCAAUUCCAGCGACCUGAAACGCCAUGUCAUCUCCGUCCACACAAAAGACUAUCCUCAUAAGUGCGACAUCUGCGGUAAAGGCUUUCAUCGACCCUCGGAGCUCAAAAAGCACACCGUAUCCCAUAAGGCCAAGCGGCCGCACCAGUGUCGCCACUGCAACUUUAAGACUGCCGAUCCGUUCGUGCUGAGUCGACACAUUUUAUCCGUUCACACUAAGGAACAGCAGCAGCAGGAAACACAAGAAAACACGAAUGAGCAGCAGCAGCAACCGGCACCUUCGUUGCAUACGCAGGAGCGAAGUCCGCCCAAGAAGACGGUCGGGGCGGCACAGCUCGCGCUGGGCGGAGCUCCCAUCAUUAAAAAGGUGAUCGGUGCCAAGGGACCAAGGGAACGACGUGUGUAUCAGUGUCAGUACUGCGACUACAGCACCGGAGACGCCUCGGGAUUCAAACGCCACGUCAUUUCCAUCCACACCAAGGAUUAUCCACAUCGCUGCCAGUUCUGCUCCAAGGGCUUCCGGAGACCAUCAGAGAAAAACCAACACAUCAUGCGCCAUCACAAAGACAUGAUGGCGAGUGAGUGAGUGAGUGAGUGAGAGAAAAUGAGAAUGAGAAUAAGUCAGUGAGUUACUGAUUCAUUGAGUGAGUGAUUCAGUGAGUCAUUGAUUCAGUGUGUGAGUGAUUCAGUGAGUGGAUGAGCACUUCCCCCUUCAUCGCUGACUUCCUCUUCCUCACUCUGCUUCCAUGAUCACGUGCACACGGCAACAUUAACUCACUAGUGAUGUCACUCAGUCACAUGACUUCCACAGAUAAGAGGGAGGCCUUUUGUCUUUGUGUGUGUGUGUUUGUAUGUGUGUGUGUGUGUGUUUAGGUGCCAUAUUUAGAAUCACAGUUUACAAAUUUAUCUCCAUGUCAUGUUCCAGAUAAACGAACGGCUCGCCCCACAGUCACACCCCAUGCUCCGCCCGCCAUGUUGCUCAUCCGGUGAACAGAAUUAUGGGAUGUCUGAGCCAGGCCACUUCCUUCAGAGAGUUUAAAGUGUCAGAUAAUAUUGUGCUCAUUAAAUUUAAUCAUGUAUUGUACAGGUGAAAAUCAGCGGGCGCUCAGUCUAGAAAACGAAUCAGUGUCUGUGAUUCACUCUGAAUUGAUUCAUUUCUUUUAGAUGUUUUAUCUCUAGUGGUUUUCAGAUGAAAUGGGAAUGAAACGGUUCACUUCAGGAUGAAAAACUGCUCUGAGUUCAUCAUGAUGAACUUGAACCCUGCGUCUCUUCGCUAAGACCACAGGAUUAAGAAAAACGGUUCUAUUCUAUAUCCAUCUGUUUUGUCUCAAAAAUCAAGAAGAGUAAUUAAUGCUUUUGUUUUUAAUUGGAAUUGAGUUUCAUUUAUAGAGCAGCGUCAGAUUCACAGAAGAGAAAGUGUUAUUCCAUUCAAAUUUGAGCGCAGUGUUUAAAUCUGAGACACGCAGCACUGUACGAGACGUGACUCUUACACAGAUUCACAGAACUGAAUCAUUCACACACACACACUAUGCUCACGCUACAGCUUUUUUUAAUAACACUGUGUUUGUCCACUUUUUCAGUUUGUUUUCUAAAAGUUUUUCCAUCUAAAAUUUUCAUUUGCUCGGACAACUUGAUGGUUGUGUGUGUGUGUGUUAGCGAUAACCUCACAACACUAGUGAGCCUCACUAAAAAUUAGCAUUAUCAUCAACACGCAGUAUGCAGUUAGAAACCACUUUGGGGUGUGUGUGUGUGCGCACGCAAUAAGUGCAAUGUCUCGCUUCCCUGUGCCAUUCAUUUUUGUACCCCAUAUUUCGGCAGGACUUGGUUACCAUGGUGAAAGUACCAGCAGGCUGGUUUCUUAUAGAGGAGCGCUAGUCAUGUGACUUUAUGACGUUAUGCUAACAGCUGGGCUUCAUUCACUUAGCAUGGUCAUGUAAGGGCAGUUAGUACGUGUGUGUGUGUGUGUGUGUGUGUGAUGCCCAGUUGUGAGUAUUACACCCUAACACGCUCUUCAUUAGCUUGGGAGAUGCUUUUGAUUCAGUGGUGUGUAAGAACAUGCCUUUUUACGGUCAUUACACACACACACACACACACACACACACUGGCACUUUGAAGAGCAUGUGCUGGUAGAUCUACUGACCAAUCACAGGGUCGCUCUUAUUUAAGCAAUGUGAUUGGACGAGAGGUGUGUGACGCGUUCAGGCUGUGACAUCAUGUCCGAGAUAAAGCACUGAGUUCCAUGUUGAUCAACACCUCCUUGGUCCCAGGUGUCGGUCACUUCCUGCUUUGGUUUAGCCCCGCCCCAUUCCCCGUGGUCAUUUUAUAGUGAGAUUAUUUAUUUGUGGAGCGUGGAGACGGUGUUGUAUAGUUUAGCGUAACUGAUUCAAAGCGACUGUAACUUAUUGUUUUUGUACACAGAUCUGUAAAGAGAGAAUGAUGUAAACACUCGUUAAAGAAAAACCUGAAUCUGACUUUUGUGUUGUCCUGAGUGUAAUGUUCGACAUAUUUGUUAAAAAAAGAGUUAAAAAGGAAAUAAAAGGCAAAGUAUUUUCCUGCA